UCAACAUGGCUGACUUCGGAGAGAUCCUUAGGAACAUCGGAGAGUUUGGAUUAUUUCAGAAGCUCACUCUGAUCGCACUUUGCUUUCCGAAUCUAUUCUUGUCUUUUAUGUUUGCAAGCUUUAUUUUUAUCGAGUCAGAUCCAGAGCGACACUGUAACACGGACUGGAUCCUCAGAGCUGAUCCUAACCUGACCACAGACGAGCAGCUGAACCUGACUCUGCCCCGGGAGGAGGACGGGACCUUCAGCAGGUGUCGGAUGUUUGUCCCUGUGGACCGGGACAUCGGCUCCAUCAGGGAGUACGGACUCAAUGAGACCACAGGCUGCCAGAGUGGAUGGCUGUACUACAACACUCUGUAUGAGGCCACCAUAGUCACUGAUUUUGAUCUCGUCUGUGACAAGGCUAACCUGGUGGAAGUGGCACAAACUGUGUUCUUGGCCGGGAUUCUUAUUGGUUCUUUAACCUUUGGACCUUUUGCUGAAUCGUUUGGACGCAAACGAGCGACUCAAAUUCCACUGGUUAUAAUGUUCAUAUUCACUGUGUCAACAGCACUAUGCCCCAAUAUCUACUUAUAUCUAGUACUGCAGUUCUCGUCCGGAUUCGGGGCUGGAGGAUAUCGAGUCAACUGUAUAAUACUGUCUACAGAGUGGAUCGGGAUGUCCAAAAGAUCAUGGGGAGUGUGUGUGACUCAGCUGUUUGGUGCACUCGGGCAGUGCGUCCUCGCUGGGAUGAUCUACGCGAUCAGAGACUGGAGGCUGGCUCAACUAAUCACAGCUGCUCCGCUCGGAGUGGUAGUUAUCUACAUAUGGUUUAUUCCAGAGUCAGCCAGGUGGUUGUUAAACAGAGGAAGGACAGAAGAGGCUAAACAGCUGAUUGUCAAAGCGGCAGCCAUCAACAAACGUAGUGUUCCAGACUCUCUGCUGGAAAAGAUUGCAGUGAAAGACACUUUGAACACAGGAGGCAUAAAAAUUAUAUUCAGAUCAUCUCUUCUGACCAGAUACUUCUUCACUGUGGCUUUUGCGUGGUUUUCGUUGAACCUUGCCCUCUACUGCCUUUACUUGAACAUGGGAAACUUCGGCUUGAGCAUCUUCGUGACACAGCUCCUGUUUGGUGCCAUUGAAAUACCAGCUAAUCUAUUUUCCAUGUGGCUGUUGGAGGUUUUUGGGAGAAGAGUAUUAUUCAUAGCAACACUACUGGCUGGAGGACUCUCUUGCGUACUCAUCUUAGCCGUUCCCCAAGGUCGAACCAUUUAGUAGCCAAAUGACAGUUUCAUGUUUUAAUCCUGUUUGUCCGUGUCUCAAGUUUUAUCUUUUUUAUUUCAGGAUAUGCUGUUGCUGUUACAUCUUUAGCUGCUGCCAGUCGUUUUUUCUUGAUCUGGGCUGGUUCUGUAUGUAGUGUCUUUAUGCAGGAAUUGACCCCAACAUCUGUCAGACAAACAGCCACAGCUUUAGGAGCCAUCUCAGGAAGAACAGGUGGAUUACUGGCUCCACUGUUAAACAUCUUGGCCAUGUACCACUGGGUCAUACCCAUCACAGUGUUCAGCAGCCUCACACUGGUCAGCGGAGCUCUCGGCUUCCUGCUUCCCGAGACCAGGAGAAAAGAGCUUCCUGAGACGGCCGAUGAGGCUGAGAACAACAGAAAUUCAACCUCCACAAACACAGCAAGUCGUCCAUAUCCAAAUGCAACCAAGCUGUAACACUUAACAUCAUCUAAACACACCAAAAGCAGCCGUAGAAGUCAACAGUGGAAAGUGCUUUUGUUUACUAAAGCUGUUCCAUUUGUCAUUAACUGACUUUUCAUCAAGUUGUCAAUAAUGAACAAAUUAAUUAUGUGUUUUUUUUUAGACAGUACGAUUUAUUCUGUAUGUAAACAUGAUAAAAUUAAAUGUUGACAAUAAAAAAGCAUCAAACA